AUGGCCGCUGCCAUAGACAUGUACAAGUACAACACCAGCACGCACCAGAUCGGCUCUGCCGCCUCUGCUUCGGAUCAGGAGCUCAUGAAAGCACUCGAACCUUUUAUCACGAUUGCUUCCUCCUCUCCCUACCCCUACCAGUACUACUCUUCUCCCUCCAUGACCCAAGAUUCAUACACGGCCACCCCAUCAUCAUCGUACGCCUCGUUCGCGACCUCUCCUCUACCCACCACCGCACCCACCUCGCCGUCUUUCUCGCAGCUUCCGCCGCUCUACUCCUCGCAGUAUUCCACCGCUUCGGGCAUGAACGGAUCCAUGGGGCUGGCCCAGCUCGGCCCGGCCCAGAUCCAGCAGAUCCAGGCCCAGUUCUUCGUCCAGCAGCAGCAGCAGCAGAGGGGCCUGGCUGGCUCCUUCCUUGGGCCGCGCGCGCAGCCGAUGAAGCAGUCCGGGUCGCCGCCGCGCGCGUCCGCCGCGGCGCUGGCCCUGGCCGGAGUGGCGCCUGCGCAGUCCAAGCUGUACCGCGGCGUGCGGCAGCGUCACUGGGGCAAGUGGGUGGCGGAGAUCCGCCUCCCCAAGAACCGCACGAGGCUGUGGCUCGGCACCUUCGACACCGCCGAGGACGCCGCGCUCGCCUACGACAAGGCCGCCUUCCGCCUCCGCGGGGACCUUGCCCGCCUCAACUUCCCGUCGCUCCGACGCGGCGGCGCCCACCUGGCCGGCCCGCUCCACGCCUCCGUCGACGCCAAGCUCACCGCCAUCUGCGAGUCCCUCGCCGCGCCCUCGUCCAAGAACUCGGCCGAGGCGGAGCCGGAGUCCCCCAAGUGCUCGGCGUCGACGGAGGGUGAGGACUCGGCGUCCGCCGGGUCCCCCCCGCCGCCCACGCCGCCGGUCCCGGAGAUGGAGAAGCUGGACUUCACGGAGGCGCCGUGGGACGAGUCGGAGACCUUCCACCUGCGCAAGUACCCGUCCGUGGAGAUCGACUGGGACUCCAUCCUGUCGUGA